AUGAAUGACAAUACUCAGGAGGUGGAAGAAUUAGACAUACCGCUGACCAUACAGCAGGAAAUUGACUUAUCAAUGAGUGAUACUAGUUCUUCAAAACAAACUCCCACAGAUGCAUCGAUACAUAGUGUUCAUAACGGAACACAUAGCAACAGCUUCAAAAACCCCAUAGGGUACGAUGACGAUAAUACAAAGAGCCACUUGCUUCGUGUUUCGUCAGUUCCAGAUAAUGUAGAUAAAGCAUCAAUUGCAUCCUCAUCGGCGGAGUCAUUGAAUAUUUUAUUGGAAAAGCAACGGGUUAGACAAUUGAAUCACCCAUUACAUCAGGAGCAUAUAUCAUCACCAGCCUCUACUUUAAUAUACAAUAAUUCAAACCGAACAGCUCCAUUUAACACUUUCAACAAUAAGUUUGCAACUUUAGAUGAGAAGUUAGGACGAACUAGUACUAAAGUAAAAGAGACAAAUAGAAUAUCUCUUACUUAUGAUCCAAUAUCUAAAAGGAAAGUUCUAAACACUUAUGAGAUUAUUAAAGAACUAGGCCAUGGACAACAUGGUAAAGUUAAGCUAGCGAAGGAUUUAUUGACUAGCCAAUUAGUAGCUAUCAAGAUUGUUGAUAGACACGAAAAACUUCGAUUGACCAACUUCUUUAAAUUCAAUAAAAGGAAACAACAGAAUGAUGACAGAAUCAAGAGAGAAAUUGCCAUCAUGAAAAAAUUACAUCAUAAACAUGUUGUAAAACUAAUUGAAGUAUUAGAUGAUCUAAAAUCAAGAAAGAUUUACCUCGUUUUAGAAUAUUGUGCUCAAGGUGAAAUUAAAUGGUGUCCAAAGGAUUGCCUCGAAACAGAAGCGAAAGGCCCUCCAUUAUUAAGCUUUCAAUCGGCGAGGGAAAUAAUUAGAGGUGUCAUAUUGGGACUAGAAUACUUACACUACCAAGGGAUUAUUCACAGAGACAUUAAACCUGCUAAUCUUUUGGUAGAUGAAGAGGGUACUGUGAAAAUCUCCGAUUUUGGGGUUUCAUUGGCAUCUAGAAGUUCAGGAAAUUCAACUGCAAAUUCAUCGUCUGUACUGGGCGGUACUCCAAGAAAUUUAUCUAGGUCAUCAACGGAAAGUAUGAAUACUACUAAUAAUAAUGAUGAUGAGUCUAUUGAUGAGGUCGAAUUGGCUAAGACAGCAGGUACUCCAGCAUUUUUUGCACCAGAAAUAUGUCUAGGUGAAGAAGCGUUCGAUAAAUUUUCUCUAAGGAAGAAUGAGAUGUUCAAAGGUUCGUGUAUUUCUUUUAUGAUCGAUAUAUGGGCCCUUGGGAUUACAUUCUACUGUCUUCUCUUUGGCAUGUUGCCAUUUAUAUCAGAUUUUGAAUUGGAAUUAUUUGAAAAAAUUGUGGGCGAACCAUUGACUUUCCCAUCAUAUGAAGAACUUCAGGCGAAUAGAGUUUCUAAUGUUUGUUCUAUAGAGGAAUAUGAAGCAGCAAAAAAUGUUUUACAGAGGCUUUUGGAAAAGAAUCCAUCGAAGAGAUGCUCAAUUUUGGAAUUGAAAUAUCAUCCUUUCAUAUGUUGGGAUUUUGACCAUUUUGCAGAAUUAAAUGAAGAUCUAAUAACUUCCAAAUUAAAAGAAAAGGAAAUAUUUCAGGCUAAUCAAGUUGAUUCACUAGAACAAAUUUCAGUCACUCAACAUGAACUCAAAAAUGCUGUUUCUGGUGUAGGAAAAAAGAUUAAAGAAUCAAUUUUGAAAAGCAUAUCGUUAAAGCAAAAAAAUAAUCAUACAGCGGCAGAUUCCAAUUCAUCCUCUGUCCUAGGCAUGGGAAAAUUCCCGACAGAUAAUAGUGAUCUAAGUGUAAUUGUAAGUGAGGGCUCAAUUAUGAAUAACAUAAAUGGUAUAGAUCAACAGUAUACAGGACCUAACAACGAAAGCACAACCGAUACUUUUACUCCAUCCAACAAUUACACUUACAUGAAACAUAUUAAUGAUCACACCAACCAAAGUAAUAAUGCAUCUAACAAUUUUAAUGACCUUAACGACCAAAACUAUAAAAAAAAUAGCAUCAACGACUUAUCACACAACGAACUUCAAAAUGUUGAGAACGAAAAUGGUUCAAAUGCAGUUGUAAAUUUGCCAAUCAAUUCUUCGUUUGCAUCUCUAGAUAGUUUCUACAUUGAUAAUUUUGCUCUCUCCAAAAUGGGUAUCAACUCUGAUUAUUCUCAAUUUGAAUCUCCAAGAAACGACCAGUCUAAUAGAUCUAUUCAAAAUGGUUCCAUUCAUUCCUUGCAUUCAAUAGAUCGAUCAUCAUCUAACUUGAAUUUCUAUAACACGGGUAUGCCCUCUACUAGAAACGACAGACUAUCUCAACGAAAUAUUUCACGAAAAUCUCCAAGCUUCCCAAUAUCUCAACAUUCAUUUUCCAGGCCUUCGAGUUCUAAUGUUUCAGAUGCACAAAAAAGUCCUAAUCUGAACUCAAAUUUACAAACAAGAAGUUCAAGACAAAAUGUAUCAACAAAAACGAAGAGCAGACGUAGUUUAACGUCCUUAAAUUCACCUUCUCCGGGUACUCCCUCGUCUUCAAGAUGGAGGUUAUAUGAUCAUCCCCCUUCUUCACAAAAUCCCUCAGCUAGUCCAACCAAACUACCAUCUUCAAAGUUUUACCAAGGAAAAUCUCAUGACUCGAAAAAAAUUAUGUCGAAUAGAAAGGAAAGUCAAUCUCGCUCAUUCAGGGUUAAAAAGGGAAACUUUUUUAAUCAUUUCAAUGGACAAGAUGAAGAAACAAGUCAUAGCGAAAGUGACAUAGAUGAUGACACUAGUAAUCGUACACGUUCUGUGUCAGAUACCAACGAAAGUUCUUCGUACUAUUCUGAUAAUUCAAGUACACCAGAAUCACUUCCAUUUGAAUUUGGACUUGAUUCAGAAAACGGUAGUGUAAUAUCCAUGCAUGAUCUUCCGCGGAUUAGUGAGGGGCAUGGAUUUCUCGAUGUUCAUCCUGUUCAUUUAUCAGACCACGAAGAAGCAGAUGAAAGUAGCAAUACUAGCGAAGGUGAAUUAUUUUUGAAUUUAGGGAAAAAGGGACAUGUCCGCAGACAAGAAUCAUCUCAUUGUGUUAAUAAUGAUAGUACCUCUACUAUUACUCCAACAUCGCAUGGAAUAAUGGAUUCUACAGGGGAAACCUUGUUCAAGAAGUCGUAUAACCCGGUAACAAGCGGUGGAACGUUAUUCAUCCCACAGACAUCGCCACAACCGACCUUAUCUUUGCAAACUGAAAAGGACAAGUCUAUGAAUCGGGAUCAUAACACGUCCCCUUUACGAAAUGAACAGACAUAUUCGGGAGAAAAGCUUGAUUCUAAGAGUUUGUUGAAGACCUUCUUAAGAUCUACAAAGGAUACGUUUUCGAAUGGUGGACCACGGAGAGGAUCAAUCCCCUAUAUCAAACCUCCACUUGAAGAUUCUAAAACAGAUGAGCCAUCAAACCAGGAAAGAACCGGGAGAAGCUCACUUCGUCAUGAUUCAAAUGUUGAUGAUUCCAAUCGAAUGAGGUCCCACUCAGUUCCAGUUGAUGAAAAUGUUCAAAAUAAAGGAUAG